AUGCAGGUUUCGAAAUGUUGUGGAUUUUUGGCCGAGGUUUGCGUGCAGAAUAUUUGGUGCCGUAGGGAGGGCGAGGGACCGGCAGCAGCCGUUGGCGGGCGAGCAGGACGGGACGAAGCUGGCGCAGCUCGGAAUCACGAAUGGCAUCGUCGUCUCGUCAAGAGCAUCGGCGCGGCGGUCGGGUCGGGUUGCUCCUCGCCUUGCCCUUCCUUUCUGUGGUUGGGACUGGUGUUUUGGGGGAGAGGAGCUGAAGGGGUUCCCAGGAAUGCAGCGAAUUAUUCCAGUGCGGUUGCUGCUGCUGCUAGUCAGUGUCAGUCGGCGCCCCGGGCUCAAUGGCUCGCUGGGGGGUACGAGCUACAGUUGACUGCGCUGGGGGUCAUGGCUGGUUUCGGCAACAACAAAACAAGCAUCCACCUCCUGGUUGGGUGCAACUGGCCCUGCAGUGGGGUCCCACAGCACGAUCCCUCCGAGGGACAGUGUCUGGCGAGGGUGCAGCAGCUUGCUCCCUCCAUUUCGGACACAUGCCGGGCCACCCCCCAGCAGGGGCGGGCAGACUCCUUCCCGGCCGUGCAGCUCCAGCGGCUCUCAGUACCGUCGCUGGACUGCAAGGUGGUACCUAGGAGACAGGCCCAAAAGUACGGCUAGGUCCAGGCACAGGAGCACAGCACGGCCGUGUUCGUGUGCUCAAAGAGGGGAGCUAGACAUGGACAUGUUUCGAGAUAAAC